AUGGAGCCCCCCGCAGCAGCCGCCGUGGCCGCCGCGUCCCUGGAGAGCGCCGGGCCGCCCGACGCCGCUCGCUGGCGCCGCUGCCUGCGGAGCCUGCGGGGCGCGCUGCCGCCCGACGUGCGGCGGGAGGCGGCCGCGCUGGCGGUGCUAGCGGGCUCCGUGUUCCUGGCGCAGUUGAUGAUUUUCCUGAUCAGCGUCGUCAGUUCCAUCUUCUGUGGGCAUCUGGGCAAAGUCGAGCUGGAUGCCGUUACGCUCGCGGUGUCGGUGGUGAACGUUAUUGGGAUUUCAGUUGGAACUGGCUUGGCCUCCGCUUGCGACACGCUGAUGUCUCAGUCCUUCGGCGGCAAGAACCUAAAACGCGUGGGGAUCAUACUUCAGAGAGGAAUCCUUAUCCUGAUGCUGUGCUGCUUUCCUUGCUGGGCCGUCUUCAUCAACACGGAGCGCAUCCUCCUGCUGUUGAAACAAGACCCCGAAGUCUCCAGGAUAGCCCAGAUUUAUGUGAUGAUUUUCAUUCCUGCUCUUCCUGCAGCGUUCCUCUUCCAGCUGCAGACAAGAUACUUACAGUGUCAGGGCAUCAUCAUGCCUCAGGUGAUCACUGGGAUUGCAGUGAACAUAAUCAAUGUGGGCAUGAAUGCUCUCCUGCUCUAUGCCCUGGACCUCGGAGUGGUAGGGUCUGCGUGGGCAAACACCAUUUCCCAGUUCCUACUGUCUAUUCUUCUCCUCCUGUACACAUGGUGGAAGAAACUCCAUGCCGAUACCUGGGGAGGGUGGACGAGGGACUGUUUCCAGGAGUGGCGCUCCUACAUCCAGCUGGCUGUCCCCAGUAUGUUCAUGGUGUGCAUCGAGUGGUGGACCUUUGAGAUCGGAACCUUCCUUGCAGGACUGAUUAGCGUGACAGAGCUUGGGGCCCAGGCCAUCAUUUACGAACUGGCCUCUGUAGCCUACAUGGUGCCCCUUGGCUUCGGCGUGGCGGCCAGCGUCCGAGUGGGCAACGCUCUGGGGGCAGGGAAUGCCAAGCAGGCCCGGGACUCCAGCAUCACGGUCCUCCUGUGUGCGGGUGUCUGUGCUAUCGUGCUGGGCGUUUGGCUUUCAGCGUUGAAGGAUGUGAUCGCCUACGUAUUUACCAGUGACCGAGAGAUUAUUUACCUUGUGAGCCGCGUGAUGCCUGUUUUUGCUCCCUUUCAUCUCUUCGAUGCCCUUGCAGGCACCUGUGGUGGAAUCCUACGAGGGACAGGAAAACAGAAGAUUGGGGCUGUCAUGAAUGCCAUUGGUUAUUACGUUUUUGGCUUUCCCAUUGGAGUAUCUCUGAUGUUUGCUUCUAAACUGGGGAUAAUAGGUCUCUGGUCUGGAUUGAUAGUGUGUGUCUUCCUUCAAGCCUUUUUCUACCUGGCACUGGUCUGGAGGACAGACUGGAGCAGAGCUGCAGAGCAGGCACAGGUUCGAGCCGGGGUGAAAGGGAUGGAGGAGACCACGCCUGCACCAUCAGAUCUGCCUGUGUUGGAAAAAGAAGUAACCGAUGGAACGACUUUACCCGAUACCGUCCGAUCAGAGAGCCCAACCGUCCAGCUAAUGGGACUAGAAGAAUACAGCCAGUACCCAGUGGCCACCGUUGGGGGUGUUUUGACCGUGAGGCAGCUGAUUUUCUAUCGUGGAAUGGCUCUUGCUGUUGCAGUUGCUGCUCUUUUAGUGGGAAUUUUCAUAAGAGUCUUUCAGUGACCGGGGCCAAAACAAGAAUUAUCAGCCGCCGACACACUAGACGUGAUAAUUAUCAUGAUGUAUGAGGCUGGGAGGUUACCCUGUUGUGCGCACAGUGGUUUGUCUCUUCACUGUGGGUGGAAAGGAUAUCGGGAAUGUUUUCUGUUAUCCCGAGAAUCUGCACUGUGCUGAUGGAGAUCACGAAAGGAGUUAUAAGUCUAAGUUUCUCAUAAACGUUAACUCUAUCAUGGGUUUUAAGUCUGUAGAUUUGAUUUUCCCUGCCCUAAGCAUUUUCCGCUCUUACCUUGAAUAUCUUCUUUCUUUCGGGAAAGUUCAUUGCCCUCUAAACUUGAUUGCUGAUCCAGUUUGGGUUGUAUUUCUCUGUUAACGUAUUUGAUCUUGUCAGUGUGUAUUAAGUGCCUGUUCAAGUGCUGUCUCAGGUAUUGCCAUGUAAGUUUUUCUAAA